GCUAGUCGGACCAAAAAGCCAAUGAAAUGUUACCAAAUCAUUUAUGGUUGCCGCUUUUUGUUUGCUCCAGUUUACGCUAGGCUUCUGGGGGUUAGUCAGUGCCACAGCCGACGGUUCUUCCCCGCGCUAAAAUGUUGGAUAGGAUUUCACCAGUCGCUCUCUUUUCUGCUCACUCCCACUCCCACUCUCACUCUCAAUUGCUUCCAUCUUCCUCCCUCAUACAUCUCAAAUAGUAGGGUAAGAGCAAGCUCUUCUUCCGAUCCUCCAAAUCUCUCAUCAAAGCUAACUUCUUCGUUUUGUCCAGUUUUCAAUAGCUUGCUACCCACCAAAUACCCCUCACCGCAACAAUCCCAACACCAUAAACAUGUCUGCUCCAGCAACUAAAUUCAAGGCAUGUUGUCCUUUCAACACUCGAGUCUUUCCUCGAGUCUGCUACCAACACAUGCUAAUAGUAGGCUCUUAUAGGUCGCAGAUAUUGCCCUUGCUGCCUUUGGCCGUAAGGAGAUUGAGCUCGCUGAGAAUGAGAUGCCUGGUUUGAUGGCUACCCGUGAGAAGUAUGCCGCCGAUCAACCAUUGAAGGGAGCCCGUAUCGCAGGAUGUCUACACAUGACCAUCCAAACCGCCGUUCUCAUCGAGACCCUCACAUUCCUUGGUGCUGAGGUUACCUGGUCUUCUUGCAACAUCUUCAGUACCCAAGAUCACGCUGCUGCUGCCAUCGCUGCUGCUGGUAUGUUCUUUCAAAAUAAUUUGGCCCUAGAAGUACCAAAAACUAAUUGCUCACAGGUGUCCCCGUCUUUGCAUGGAAGGGAGAGACCGAGGAGGAGUACCAAUGGUGUUUGGAGCAACAACUCGUGGCCUUCAAGGAUGGCAAGGGAUUGAACUUGAUCCUUGAUGACGGUGGAGACUUGACCUCGCUCAUUCACACAAAAUACCCAGAGAUGUUGAAGGGAUGCUACGGUGUCUCUGAAGAGACCACCACCGGUGUUCACCACUUGUACAAGAUGCUGAAGAACGGAGGUCUUCUUGUCCCAGCUGUCAACGUCAACGACUCUGUCACCAAGUCCAAGUUCGACAACUUGUACGGUUGCCGUGAGUCUUUGAUCGAUGGUAUUAAGCGUGCUACCGACGUUAUGAUUGCUGGUAAGGUUGCCGUUGUUGCCGGUUUCGGUGAUGUUGGAAAGGGAUGUGCUAUGGCUCUCCACGGUAUGGGUGCUCGUGUCAUUGUUACUGAAGUCGACCCUAUCAACGCUCUCCAAGCUGCUGUUUCCGGUUUCCAGGUCUUGAGCAUGGAGAAGGCUGCUAGCCAAGGACAAAUCUUCGUUACUACGACCGGAUGCAGAGACAUCUUGGUUGGCGCACACUUCGAGCAGAUGCCCAAUGAUGCUAUUGUCUGCAGUAAGUUUUUCCAAUAUACCUUUCGUAGGCUUCAUUAACUCUCUCUCAAGACAUUGGUCACUUCGAUAUUGAGAUUGACGUCGCCUGGUUGAAGAAGAAUGCAACCAGCGUCCAAAACAUCAAGCCACAAGUCGACCGUUUCCUCAUGCCAAGUGGCCGUCACAUUAUCCUCCUCGCUGAGGGACGUCUCGUCAACUUGGGAUGUGCCACUGGUCACUCAUCUUUCGUCAUGUCUUGCUCUUUCACCAACCAAGUUCUUGCCCAAAUCAUGUUGUACAAGUGCGAGGAUGCCGCUUUCGGACAAAAGUAUGUCGAAUUCGGCAAGACCCAAAAGCUCGACGUGGGCGUUUACGUCUUGCCAAAGAUCUUGGACGAGACCGUUGCCAAGCUCCACUUGGCUCACGUCAACGCUGAGUUGACUAAAUUGACCCCAGUCCAGGCUGAGUACCUUGGACUCGAGGUUGAGGGUCCAUUCAAGAGUGACAUGUAAGUUGAAUGCUUUUCUCUUUUUCAAUAAUAUACGGGCUAAUCUCUUUGCAGGUACCGAUACUAGACGACUGGAUUUGUGAUCAUUUUACGGCGUAUAUGGGUCGAGUUAUUCAACACUAUUAAUGAUGGUAUGAAUCUGGGGAAAAGCAUUUGUCCUUCAACGGAAUUUUAAGCAUUCUCGGGAAAAGGUCUUUCAACAAUGGGAUAAAUUUGGGUUGUGUUUUUUAAGCGAAAGGCGUUACUUGGCUGGCUAUUCAACAACGGU